AUGGCCCAGAACUUGACCGAUGCUGAGCUGGACCGCGACUGGCAGCCCAAUGGCCGUCGUCCUCAGUCCACCAUCGCCCGCUCCUUCUCCCAGGAGCUGAUGGAUAUUUUCCGUAUCGAGAACAGCGUCGCCGACAUGGACGAGAAGGUUGACCAGCGAAAGCAAAAUGUCCAGUCCCAAGCCGCCGAGCUCGAGGCUCUCGAGCGCCGCAUUCGCGAGAUGGAAGAGCGCAUGAAGCGCGGCUCCUCCUCUACCCACCAGCGGGCGCUCUCCCCAUUCACCAACAACAACCCUCGACCUCGACACAACCUCCUCUUCUGCUGCCGCGAC